AUGGUGGUCGUGCACGCCAAGGCGACGGGCAACGUGCAGCAGGUCAUGUUCCGCCAGACGAUCAUCCGCGCUAUGACCAAGCGGGGCAUCAACGGCGGCGCGACGAACCUCAAGACGCCGGCACGCGACACGGUCGAGAUGACACUGGACGGCGACGCCGCCACCAUCCAAACCUUUCUCGACGCCUUGAGAACGACGCAGCCGCUCAAUAGCUGGGGCGCCCGCGUCGAUGCGCUCGUCGUGCUAUCGACUGGCCGCGCUGUGCGUGAUCACCAGGUCACGACAACCAACGUCGACGACCGCAGCUGGAACCCGAAUGUUGAAUUUUACAUUUGAAUAAACUACGAGAGGCCAUUGCCAGCGCAGCAAGACACGAGUCGAGCAGCAGCAAGAGCGCGGUUAGGAACAAGUCGUUCGAGGUCAACCUC